AUGGUAGCUGAAACGAAGCUCUAUGAUACCUUGGGCUUGAAGCCCGAUGCCAACCAGGAUGGCAUCAAGAAAGCAUACCAUAAGAUGGCAUUGAAAUUCCAUCCCGAUAAGAACAAGGACAAGCCCGAGAGUGCAGAGAAAUUCAAAGAGAUCUCCCAAGCCUACGAAGUCCUCUCCGAUCCCGAAAAGCGGAAAACUUACGAUCAAUAUGGUUUGGAAUUCUUACUUCGGGGAGGCCCACCACCCCCAGAGCCAGGCCAAGGGGGUAACCCAUACGCAAACGCUGGCGGCGCGCCAGGAGGAGGAUUUGACUUUGGAGGCAUGCCAGGCGGUGGUAGGGGUGGAGGUCCCCAAGGAUUCCAUUACGAAUUCAACCAGGGGCCCGGGGCUGGAGGAGGAUUCACCUUCAGCAAUCCAGACUCGAUAUUCUCUGAGUUCUUGCGUGGACAAACGGGAAUGGGUGGAGGAGGUGGUGGUGGUGCUGCAGGCUUCGAGGAUAUAUUUGGUAGUAUACCUAGAUCCCGUACGUCGGGCGGCAGUGGUGGAACUCGAUCUCGCACUUCGCAGUUUGGUGCGGAGCCUGCUGGGCGACCGAGAACGUCGGAGCUUGAAGUUACAACCGUGGAGAGACCGCUGCCGCUUACCCUCGAAGAGCUGUUUAAUGGUUGUCAUAAGAAGAUGAAGAUUAAGCGGAAGGCCUUCGAUGAAGUUACCGGCAAGCGCACCACGCAGGACAAAGUCCUUGAGAUGGAUAUCAAGCCUGGCUUAAAGAAGGGCAGCAAGAUAAAGUUCAAGGGCGUGGGAGAUCAAGAGGAAGGCGGGCAACAAGAUUUGCAUUUCACUAUUGAAGAGAAAAAACACCCGCUCUUCACCCGUGAAGGCGACGAUAUACACCAUACCAUAGACCUCGAGCUCAAAGAAGCCCUAACCGGCUGGAAACGAACCGUCGCCACGAUCGACGGAAAGCAAAUCAACAUCGAGAAAGCGGGUCCCACGCAACCUGGCAGCAAAGAUAGUUACCCCAGCCUAGGCAUGCCAAUCAGCAAGAAACCCGGUCAAAGAGGGAACUUCAUCGUCACGUAUAAUGUUAGAUUCCCAACGUAUCUGACCUCUGAGCAGAAACGGAAGCUGAAGGAGAUUCUGUGA